CACACACAAAAAAAAAAAAAAAAAAAAAAUUGCCCCGGAAGUGCCUCCACUCUAGGUAGGGCUGGCCUUGGCGCUUGGUAAGAGGGAGGCGGGGCUGCGCCUGCGCUCCAAGUUCGGCGGGGAAGAUGGCGGAUGACAAGGAUUCUCUGCCCAAGCUUAAGGACCUGGCGUUUCUCAAGAACCAGCUGGAGCGCCUGCAGCAGCGUGUGGAAGAUGAAGUCAGUAGUGGUGUGGGACAGGAUGGCUCGCUCUUGUCCUCCCCAUUCCUCAAAGGCUUCCUGGCCGGCUAUGUGGUGGCCAAACUGAGGGCAUCUGCAGUAUUGGGCUUUGCUGUGGGCACCUGCACUGGCAUCUACGCAGCUCAGGCAUAUGCCGUGCCAAAUGUGGAGAAGACAUUAAGGGACUAUCUGCGGUCACUGCGCAAGGGGCCUGGCUAG